AUGGCGCAGAAAGGAGUUCAGCUGGACCGGGAGAGCUUCUCUUGUUCCAUCUGUCUGGAUCUCCUGAAGGAUCCGGUGACUAUUCCCUGUGGACACAGCUACUGCAUGAACUGUAUUAAAACCCACUGGGAUGAAGAGGAUGAGAAGAAACUCCACAGCUGUCCUCAGUGUAGGCAGACCUUCACACCGAGGCCUGUCCUGAUGAAAAACACCAUGUUGGCAGAUUUAGUGGAGCAACUGAAGAAGACUGGACUCCAAGCUGCUCCUGCUGAUCACUGCUAUGCUGGACCUGAAGAUGUGGCCUGUGAUGUCUGCACUGGGAGGAAACUGAAAGCCUUCAAGUCCUGUCUGGUGUGUCUAGUCUCUUACUGUGAGAAACACCUUCAGCCUCAUUUUGAAUCACCUGCCUUUGAAAAACACAAGCUGGUGGACCCCUCCAACAAGCUCCAGGAGAACAUCUGCUCUCGUCACGAUGAGGUGAUGAAGAUGUUCUGCCGUACUGAUCAGCAGUGUAUCUGUUAUCUCUGCUCUGUGGAUGAACAUAAAGGACACAGUCUCAGCUGCAGCAGAAAGGACUGA